AUGCCCUCCUGCCACCCUCCACCGGUCGUCGAUCUCACGGACGAUGACCCUGUUCUAUCAUCAUCAACGUCGACAGCAGCAGCAACGACACGAACAACGGCACUCAAUCCUGCUCUUGGCGGAGGUGAAGAAGUACGACUUUGCAAUCCAUGUGUGCCCGAUCCAAACCCGAAUCCCCUUGGCUACAAUACCGUGCGGGCACACGGACAUCGACCCGCCCAUUCUCUUUCAUCCACUAUAGCUAACGCAUACCACGCGUUACCAGGGCCGAGUCAUAACCACGAAGCUCGCCAAGAACGACGAACCGUGGGUGCAAAUGACCGACCACAGUUCUUGAACGAACUGAACUCGCAACCCCGCCAAGUUCCCUCGGCCACUGGCAUAGCCCGACCACGUCGUUCAUUUUCUAGUCGCGACGGUAACCCGCGCCGCGGGCCUCCAUUGGAUGAGGGUGAUUUCUGCCCCGUAUGCAGACGUCAAUUCCUCCCACUGAGUCCCGAGCAGCCUCUCGAGGCGCGCCAAGCUCACACCCGGGCAUGCAUUGAGGGCUAUUUGAGCCCGGCUGCCCCACCCCGGACAUCAUCCGCGCAGCAGAGUCCUCCGCUGCCCCGUCCUCCGCCGGCAGUCCGCAUGCUUCCAUUUGUGGCCACGGAGAAGGACUGCCUCGGUGAGGAUGGCCAGGCAGCGGAGUGCACGAUAUGUAUGGAGGACUACGAGGUUGGGCAGACCCUGGCCCGUCUUGAGUGCCUGUGCAAGUUCCACAAGCACUGCAUUGUGGAUUGGUUUGAGAGGAAGAUGGAGUGCCCAGUCCACAAGCUUUCGGAAUAA